AUGGGAGGCUGUAUGGGAACAUCGAGAGAUCCGAGUGUUCGAGUCAGUUCCAGCGAUCAAUUUGGUAGUACUCCGGGAGGUAUUUGCGUAAAAUUUUCUACUAGCCACAUUUUGCUGUGGCAUGUUCUAAGGCUCAAGGUCUGGUACCAGUCGAAUCAAAGUGGUUUCAUAGUGUCAACUGACGCUUGCUGUUUGUUUUUUCUAGUUACUUUGGGUCGAAAUCAGCCGUUGAAGAAGGAACGUCCGCCAUGGACUUCGGAAAUGCCGCUCACAGAGGGCCAACUCAGGUCCAAAAGGGACGAGUUUUGGGAAACUGCGCCAGCUUUUGAAGGGCGGAAAGAGAUUUGGGAUGCGUUGAGAGCGGCAGCCGAAACAGAUGACCACACUUUGGCACAAGCAAUCGUUGAUGGUGCAAACAUAACACUUCCCACUGGUAAGUUAAAGUUUAUGCUCGAAUUUACGCUUUGCUGAAUCAUGUCUAUUUCAAGUUCCGUUGAACGAAGCGUAUCGAAGGAACCUCACGCAAAUAUAUUUUCAUCUCUGUGGCUUCUCUAGACUUAACAGGGAUUUAGAUGUCAAUAUUAUAACGACUAUUAAAUGCUUUUAAAUGUAGUUCCUUUGUUAAGUGCGUCGUUAGGUGUCUGCGAUGCUGUACCGCAAGUUUCGAUCACUAACGACUUCUAAGUUUACAGAGCAAUAUAAGUUGUCACGUCUUAGAAAAAUGAGAUAUGUAUGUUUAAUCACUGUCCGCAUAACAGACCUAAAUGGCCCCUUUAGUUGUCGAAUUUCAUUAAUUUUUAUUUCUUCAUGUCUCCGUAAUGAAAGUAGUCGGUAAAAAAUAAUAGCAUAUUUUUCAUUGUCAUUUUUCAUUGUUUUACAAGAUCAAAUAUGUUUGAAUUUUUACGUGAACACUAUGAAACUGACAAUUUUUACGACGAUUGCUACAGAUAAUUUGGCAUGUAUUUUGAAAAGAACGCAAGAAUUUGUUUAGUUCUAUAAUGACAAAAAUGGGAACUCUUAGCCUUAUUUUGGACUGGGACCAUUCACAAUCAAUUAUAAAAUGGGAAUGGGAGUUUUUUCAAGAUCGCAGACCUUGCACUGUAGAGACCAUGAAAUUUUUUUUAAGUGGUUUUCUAGCUACUAGGCUUACACGGUUGCAUACUUUUCAGUUUUCCUGGUCAGCGGACAGAUGACAGUGAUCACUAAGAUUAAACAGACAAAAUUUUAGAAAUCACGACGAAAUAACGCUACAGAUAAUUUUUUGUUGCAAACUGUAUUUUGAAAAGAACGUAAGAAUUUGUUUAAUUCUAUAAUGUAUAAAAGAGCAUUCAUGUUUAAUGAAAUUUAAUUUCAAAUUCAACCACUUGACUUCGACAGUUGACUACCAUGGAUGACAGAGGUUUUCUCGCUCCCCAGUGGCAAGAAGUGACUCACUUUUGUGGCUCACCCAUUCAAUUCCAUUGCCCCUAAAGAAUAACAGUUGAAUUUCCAUGUACUCUACAAGCACCUCUUAAAAGAAAGCACUUGCUAUAAGCAGCCCCCUCUCUAAUAAGCCCUCCCACCCCCACCCCUGCAUAAGUUAAUGGUGAGAGGGAUAAAUAAUUAUGCAGAUCGAGUAAACUGAAGAAGAAUAACAAGAAGAUUUAUUUGUAAAUGAAUGUAGCCUUUAGAACAGUAUAUCUCUACAACAACUCACAACUCUGGACUUGAUUUAAACAGCAGAAAUGCCUCUGCCAAACUAAACACAACCUCCGUCUCACUUUAUUAAACAUGGCCUCUGCCAAACUCUCUUUGCUUUUUAAAAUGAGUUAAACUUUAUGCUAUUAUUUGUUUGCUUGUUUACUUUCGAAGUCAAAUUCUAGAACCUUCAAAAAAGUCUUAAUUAUUAUUUUACAAUUACAUAGCAUACCAAAUUAAUUAUUUACAAACACUUACAUGAGUUUUUAAAAUAAACAAACCGAGAAUACAAUUUAAUCGAGAAACUCCUAGCAUUAUGUCUCACUAGUCACUAUAAAAUUUAAAAAAAGAUGAGGCAAGGGAGCACAAGGAAGCCAAUAGGGCUUGUGUAUACGACUACCUUUAAAAAAUGUAUUAUCUAAUUAAUAAAUAAAAUACUGACAUCGGCAAGGCAAUUUACCACUAAGCAUGUGCAAAUUCUCUAGAACAGAAAAUGAUCAUUAAAUAGGAUAAGAAUAGAUAAGGCUGAAUGUGUAAGUGCAAAAAUGAAAAAGAAAAGAUGAGAAAAAAAUAAUGCAAGAAUAUAUGUUGCAGAUGUACUGUAAUUUAACCUUGGUUAGUAACGUCUACAAAGCAGUGCCGAUAUCCUUGUUCUGGGCCUCCUAUGGACUCAACAAUAAUUUACCAGAAGAUUAUUUCAAAUUUCCUAUCAUCUUGAUUAGCAAAUGCACAGCUUGCAGGUUCAGUUGUAUGCACCUUUGCACACAUCUGUGGUGGUCUGAUGAUGUGUGUGUUGUAAACUUAAGUCACACUUGGUUUAGUUGACUUGUUCACCUAGUAAAUGUAUGCCUUCGUGGUUAAUAUGCUCACACUGUGGGUCGCUGAACCUCCAUUGACUAUAAUGUUCUGCAAUAAUUUUGACAAAUGGAACAGUAGAGCUGAAAUUAAUAUUUCUGGAAUUGCAUAUGUGUUAGACGUCAUUCUGAAGGAUGGCUGCUUCAGUUAGAUAUCUGCAGGAAAAACAAUGGUUUAUAGCCUGUCCCUUUUGAAUAAUAGAUGGGAGAGGAAGUUGGCUGUAACUAAAUUUAAAAUUUAAACCGUUUUUGAAGGGGUUUGGGGGAGGGGGGUGGUGGUCCAGUUAGCAGGGCUCUACUGUAUACCAUUUACUCUACUAAAAUUUAUUUAUCUGUCAGGAUCCUUACAAGAUGCUUAUGAUGAACUGGGCAACAGAUAUGUUCUUCCAGUUUACUGCAUCAGCAGGCCAACUAAUCUAAUUAAGGAUGAGGAUGUUAGUGGGGAGACGAGCAAAGAGGACGAUGAUGAAAACGAAACUCCACCGACUGGAGAUGAACUGUACAUUAAACUUCGAUUGUCUUCUGGAAAGGACCUGAAAAUGACUGUUUACACUUCUGAUACUGUCCUUAAAAUUAAAAAGAAGCUUCACAAACUGGAAGGGUUUGAGCCUUCAAAGCAAAGAUGGUUUUAUGCUGGACGAAUGUUAACUGACAAGACAACAAUAGGAGAAGCUAAAAUUCCCAAAGGCUAUGUUGUGCAAGUCAUUUUGCCUCAGCCAACGCCAGUUGAAAACUAGAAAUGAGACUAUAAUGUGUUAUAAGAGGGCUGGAUACAUUGAUUGUUUUGUUAUGGAAAUAUGAAGGAUUAAUAACAUUUAUGUUAUAAUUUUAAAGCAUUAUUAUUUCAUGGAGAAUUUUCAGGUAAAAAACAAUGAUCUUGCAUUUUUUUUUAAUUUAAUGGUUGAUACAGUUCCUAUUUAA